GUCAGCGCCCCGUUGCAUUGUGGGAGUUACAGUGUGUGCCACAUCUCCGCUCCAUAAAGCAACUUUGUCCAGUCAGAGCGAGCCAGCGGGAUGGAUUAAACUCCUCUCCUUUGGAAGAGUUUACUUUCAUUCUUUUUCUUUAUUAACUCCUUUGUCGACGCUAAACCAACAGACUCACAGGACACGAGAAAAUAAACUUCGACAACUGGAGCUAACAGGGAAUGGCUAGUUAGACGAACCGUGGAGGAGAGUAGCUAACCGAGCUAACAACAGCCAUGAGAAAAGUGUGAUUUCGUUGAGUAAUUUGAUCGCAGACCUCGUAAAUAGGGUUUUAGGAUGUCACUUUUGAUAACUAGGAACUCGUUUCUGUUUUUAGAAGCUGCAGCACGGGACACUAUGAGGGACAAAAAGCUGAAUUUGGGUUUGAAAUGGAUAUCAGCAUUCAGUUAAGGUCGAUUAGUGCUUUUAUUCUUAUUUUUCACCCUAAAUCAAAUGUGUGAAAUGAAGAUCUUGACGCAGUGAUCGCGUUUCGAAUGAUCGAAGCAUGUCCGGCUCGGGAAGUUUCUCCUCCUAUCUGGGUGUGGAGGACCCUCAGUGGCUCUGCAUGCUGACCCUGUUCGUCGCAUCCCUGGUUACUCUGACGCUGCAUUUCGCUCAGUAUUUGCAACACUGGCUGGUCGGAAACAAGCCGCCGCCGGCUGCAGCGCAGGAGGGAGAGGAGGGAGAGGAGGAAGCGGCCGCCCUGCUGGGAUGGGCGCUGUCUCUGAAGAGCUGGAAGGCACAGUGGAGGACGGUUUGGUGCAGAGCUUUGAAUGACAAAUCCAGGGAGCGCGAGGGAAAUGUCUUGCUGACGUUUGAGGAGGACAGUCUGGAGGCUUCUGAUCUCAUCCUGAGCAAAGUGUCCAGCUUCCAGAAGUCUGCUGGAAGCAAGAUGGCUUGCUGCAGUGUGACUGGGGAGGAUCUGCAGUUUUCUGUCACUGCUGCAUCGCCAGCUGCAGCUGAUCCCUGUAGAUACACAGCAUGUAUGGCUUCACUGGAACUGCAGCUCCAUCUCCACUUGCAAGAAGCUGAAGAUGAGAUCCAGGUGAGCUGGAAGGUGUCUCAUCUGGAUGCAGAAGACCUGCAGCUGACGCCUGCAGACACUCAUGACACCAACAGCAGCUGCAGCACAGACGUCCUGAAGAAGCAGCUCGCAGAUCUUUUCUGCAGAACUCAUCCCUCCGUGCUGCUGAGCUGUAGAGCUGCUCAGGCCUCAGAGAUCCAGGACUCUUGCAAAAAAGGAGUGUCCCCCCCAAAGCCCCCACGUGCCCACGACUGGAAACUUCUAGUGAAGAACAUCAGAGCGACUCUAAACCAGGAGGACAGCGCUGCAGGCAGCAUGAACCCUCUGUGUGUUCUGUGGUUGGAUGACCCUCCGCAGAAGUUUAGCACCUCUGUGUUGAAGAACACACCGAGCCCAACAUGGGACCAGCCUUUUAUUUUUGAAUUGAAUGGACGAUCAAAAGAGCUGAAUGUUCAGGUGAUAAAUGACGGACUGCCUCAGGAAGACUCCUCACUGGGUCAGGCGUCUGUGCCUUUCGAUCUGGUGAAGAAGCAGCCCAAAGGACAGCAUACUUUUGCACUAAUGACCAAAGACAAAGUGACUGGAUCACUAACUACUGAUUUCACCUACCUGGACCCCAACGAGGUGAGGUCCUGGCAGCCUCCUACCCCAGCCUCCAGUAAAAGAGUGGAGAUGGACCGCACAGUCAUGCCCUGUGGAACAGUGGUCACCACUAUCACCGCAGUGAAGAGCAAGCCGGGACGCCAGCCACUUAACAUAGAUCCAGUUCAGAACUUGGCAGCGAACAAGCCAAAGAUCAGUGAACGCAGAGUGUCGGAGCAGGUUUCUAUGCUGGGGGGCAUCGUGAAUAAGGCCUUGUCGUCCUCUGACACUGAGCUGCUGAUGCUUAAUGGCACAGACCCGGUGGCAGAAGCAGCAAUCCGACAACUCCAUCAGUCUGCGAAGCAGAAGCUCAAGUCUCCUGUUAAGAAAAGUACCAUCAUUAUCUCAGGCAUCGCCAAAACCCCUUUGUCUCAGGAUGACGAGCUGGCUUUAAUGGCAGGCUACGCUGCAGCAAUGGACGCCUCGAUGUCAGAGAGCAGCUCUACUCAGGACAUGACCACCGCUAUUGUAUCAGGAACUAGUAGUCCUCCCGAGGAGUCCCAGCCUCAGGACGGGCCCACUGGAGUGGGUCAGCCUCCAGAUGACUGGGAGAGUCAGACCGGAGAGGAAAUGGACCACACGUCGCUGUCCAUGUGUGUCUCUGAGGCAAGCUGCAAGAAGACCAGAGGCAGCUUCCUUCAGAAGGGUGCCAGGCUCUUCUUCCGGCGACGCCACCAGAGGAAAGACCCGGGCAUGAGCCAGUCCCACAACGACCUGGUCUACCUGGAGUCUGCUGCCGCGGUGGAGCGGGCCAGCCGCACCGCCACCAUCGGCCGCAUGCUCAGCCGCAAGAGUAAGAGCAAGAGCAAAGCUAACGGCUCUGCUGCCACAGCGGAGCCGCACGAUUGAUACCAGAUGGCUGCCGACAUCUCCUCCACCUGAAAGCUAAACUGGCUAACAUCCAGCUCUGCAGCUCCGGCACUGUGAAUGUGAAGGCUGUGCUGAUGGAAGCGCCUUCUCUUCCCACCAUUUCUCUAAAGGAGGACACGUUCAUCGAAGUGUUGAAACAGAUGAUUGUCUGCAUGAUUCCUUUACUCUGAAGAGCCCGCUCCACACACAGGAGGGCGGUCCAGAGCCAGAGCGGUGUUUGUAACCUUCAGAGCGAUGACAGGACGCGCUCUGGUAACUUUAUGCACGAAACAUUCUCAGGCAGACACAGUGAGGGAAUUAAUGACUACUUUGACACUAAUUUUAGGUCCUAAAACAUUUCAUUUAAAGCAAACAACACAAACUUCUUAUUUUUAAUUAAAGUAUGGUAGUUCUGUUGUUUUAUUUGCUUUGUUUUCAUCUGUUCUCAGAAAGCUGUGAGACGAUUGCAGCUACAAAAUGUGGUGGAGGAAAUUAAGCAUUUAAACCUUUGAGUUUGUAGGUUUGCACACCUAAAAAGGAACUGACAGUCUGUCAUCCUGAUGGUUAUUUUGAACAAUGACAGACAGAAAAUCAAGAAAUCCUCUUUAAAGAAGUUAAGGAAACCUAUUUAAAUGUCGUUGAAGAGGAUAAAAAUCUGCACCUCCUGCUGGACAGAAUUAUUACUUUAUGACAAACCCUCAUUAUCAGCACAGAGGUCCGAUGUUUCUUGUUGAUGAUCAGGUUUCUGCACAUAUCAGGAGGAAUUCUGGUCUGCAAAUGACUCUAAAUCAUUCAGGUUUUGUUGGCUGUGGCUCGGUCACUCUGAGCUUCAGCUCUCCAUGUUUUCUAUAGGACUGAAGUCCAGAGUCUGGACCUGUCCAUGAGCUUGAUCCGAUUCUUCUGCAGACAUUCCUUGGAUUAUCUUGGCUAUGUUAUAGAUCGUGAUCCUGUUGGAAGACCCGUUCACCAUCCAUGCAAGUCUCCUGGUGGAGAGAAGGAGGUUCUCUCUCAGGAUUUGACACUACAUCGCUCCACCCAUCCUCCCAUCCACACGGUGAAGUAACCCUGUGCUGAAAAACACCCCCAAAGCAUAAUGCCUCCACCUCCAUGCUUUACAGUGGGGAUGGUGUUCUUGGAGUCAUAGGCAGCAUUUCUCUUCCUCCAAACGGUUCAGUGGAGGCCAAAGAGCUCUAUGUUGGUCUGAUCUGAACACAGAACCUUCUCCUGAUCAGGCUUGGAACCCUGAAGGUGUUCUUUGACAAACUUCAUACGGGUCUGCACGUGUGUCUUCUUUACCAGCACUGUAAGAUGUUAAAUCAUUGUAGUGUAAAGUCUUACUAAAGGUUUUCCUGGUGACUGUAACUCCAGAUCAUCAUCUAACUCCUGCUGUUGUUUUAGGACCAUUUCUCUCUGUUCUCAUGAUCAUAGAAACCCCUCCAGGUCAGAUCUGAGGUGGAUUGAUGCUCAUGUUCUUGGUACCAACAGUUGUGACCUUUAACCUCCAGCUUGUUGCUGGUUCUGUAGUCCAUUCUGGUCUUUUUCAGGUCUACAAUCUUCUCUCUUAAAUCCACUGAAAGCUCUUUAGUCUUUCCAUGUUGGAGAGUUUGGAGUCUGAGUGUGGACAGGUGUCUGUUCUACAGGUGAUCAGUUCAAACAAGUGUCUUCAGUUCAGGCGACGGGUUGAUUAGGAGAGUCUAACUGGUCUGUGUGAACCAGAACUCUUCGUGGCUACUAUCCCUGGUGCUAUCCUAGCUAUGUUGACAUUGGGAGUGGGGUCAUCUGGAAACCCUAAGAAUUGACUGUCACUGGUGUCCGUGGCAGACAUGACACGUUUGUCACGGGAGGGGUCACACGUCACUGUAAGGGCAGGGUCAUCUGGACCCCAUAAGAGAGCACAAGGGUUGUAAGAGUCCCUUGCUUCUUUAAAGUGGAUUUCUUGAUUUUCUUCGAGAUUUUCUGUCUCUCACUGUUCAAAUGAACCAUUGGGAUGAAAGACUGUUGGUUUCUUUUUAAGAGGGCAAACCUACAAAUACUUCUUUCAUCCACUGUAGUUAUUUGUAAAGAGAUUUUAGUGGCUGGCGUCACAGAAGUCACACCCUGAUUCAGCCGGUUGGGUCUGAUGACAUCUCCAGGCGUGGAAACGCCUCAGUCGCUCUCCUCAAAGUAACCCGUCUCCUUUUUGUUUGGUCCUCUUAAGGGAUUUGUCUAAAGGGAAUUUAGGACUGUGAGGUUCUCUAUUGCAGCUGGAGGAGCUCUCUGCUCCUCCAAUGUUCUCCCAGCUUGAACAAACGAAGCGUUUGAAAACAACCUGCUCUCUGUGUAAUACGGCUAAUGAUUGUAUUUGUGUCUGUGCAUCUGUCUGUGCUGCUGCGUUCUGCUCCGAUGUCCCAUGUGACCGACGUGACCCAAUCGCCUCAGGGUCACUGAGGAAUGAUGUUGUGCUUUCUCUAGUUCAGGGCUCCUCGACCCUGGUCCUCUGGCCGGUCUCCAGGUCCUCCUGCACUUGAUGCUGCUCAUUACCUGGAUCAGAACAUGGAAACACCUGAGUAAACUGGGGACCUCGAGGACCAGGUUUGAGCAGCUCUGAUCUAGACCAACCUGGUAGAGUCCAGCUCUGUCAGGUGUGCUGGUUCUGAAAGACCAGCAUCCGCUGCAUGUUCUGCAGUCUCUGAUUGAGACACCAAAGCACCUCAAAUAGUUUACCGGCUGUCUGCUCCACCUGAGGAUUGAAAACAGGUUUUUAUGAACGCCUCUUCAUCCAUGUGUGUUUUUGGUACAAACAUUUCAGCAUUUUCAUUUUAAAAUGUCCAGUUUGUAGAGGGAACCCUUCAGACUGAGGAUCAGAAGGGAAAGGGUGAUUAAGUUCCAGCUUUUGUGUUUUCUCCUUUUGCCCUAUGCACAGGCAGAGGCAGGUUUCUACUGCCCCCUCAGAGCAUCUGCCCUCCACUGCAGCCACUCCUAACUCUGCUUCAUCUUCAGCAAUAAAUCUGCAGUAAAGACUA